AUGCGUUUCCUCUCGUUUACUCUCCCGGCCCUCGCUGCUGCGGCCGCGGUUCCCAAGUCCUGCGAGAACCCAACAAAGCGUGUUGAAUGGAGAAAGCUUGAUCAGUCCACCCGCCAGCAAUACGUCGACGCAGUUCUGUGCCUCACGACAAAGCCUUCGAGACUCGGCCUGAACCACACUCUCUACGACGAUUUCCCCUAUGUACACUCCCAUCUUGACAAGCAGAUCCACGCCGUUGCCUCUUUUCUGCCUUGGCACAGAUACUUUGUCCACGUCUACGAGGGUGCACUGAAAGAAUGUGGCUAUGAAGGAGUCAUGCCCUACUGGGACUGGUCCCUCGAUAGCGAUGAUGUCCCCAAGUCUAAGAUCUGGGACGCAAAGACUGGAUUCGGCGGGAACGGUAGCCCAGACAGAACCGAAUCGAUCAACAACGGAAGAGAUGUUAGGAAGUGUCUUGACGAUGGGCCGUUCAAGAACCUUCAUCCCGAGUAUCUCGGUACUAAGAGGGACCCUCAUUGUUUGUCACGCAACUGGAAUGACGGAAGCAGCAAUAUCGGAGACAUGUUCUCUGACGCUUACACACCUGAGGCUGUUAAGAAGGUCCAAACUGUUGACAACCACGACGAAUAUCGCCACACUCUGGAGGGCGGUCCUCACGGUGCUAUCCACAGCUCUAUUGGCGGUGACAUGGUUCCCAACACUUCACCUGGUGCUAACGAUCUAGACCCCAUCUUUUUCCUUCACCACACCCAGAUCGAUCGUCUGUGGUCGCUCUGGCAGCAGGAGGAUCCCAAGAUUCGCCUCACUGAAUUUGCGGGUGACAAGACCCAGGAUAAGUUUGAUGGAACUAAGCCACCCCGCGCAUCUCUUGAUGACACCCUUCUUAUGAUGGAUUUGGCCGAUGACCUGAAGGUCAAGGACUUGAUGACCACUGAGAGCUCACUACUCUUCUACAGGUACUAG